AUGUCAGACAGAGAAUUCGGAGGAAACGAUGACCUCUCCCUGCCAAAAGCUACGGUGCAGAAGAUCAUAACGGAAAUACUACCGCCUUCCUCCGGCCAGACGUUCGCAAAGGACGCUCGAGACCUGCUUAUUGAGUGUUGUGUUGAGUUCAUUACCCUGAUAUCCUCCGAGGCCAACGAAAUCAGCGAGAAGGAGGCAAAGAAGACAAUUGCCUGCGAACAUAUUGAAAAGGCACUUACCGACCUUGGUUUUGGAGACUAUGUCCCUGAUGUGCUUGCUAUUGCGGAGGAGCAUAAAGAGCAGCUAAAGGUAUGCCUUGACAACCGAGAGAAGCGGACAAAUAAGAUAGACCAGAGCGGCAUGUCACACGAAGAACUACUGCGGCUGCAGCAGGAGCUCUUCCGCUCGGCCGGAGAAAAGUACAACUCGGGGAGCUAA